CAGGGAAGUCCGAAGCUGGAAAAGAGAUUGGUUGAACAUGCACAGAAAAGUGGUCAACAGGAGCGCGAAAGAAUGCCCUUUUCGAUUGCUCGUCUUUUGCGAGAAGAGCUGGUGUUCUGAACACCCAAAACAAGCAAAGCCGAGUAACCUCAGCGCUGCGUCCCAUGCUGUGGAGUGUUAUGCCUGUUGGUAACCUCGUGGGAUGCAAAGGAGGUCUGUAAUAAAGUGUUCCAGCCCCUCGAAGGAUGACCAGUAGAGAGGCUGCAGCCUGCAAUGCCAGUGCGGUCAAUCUGACCCGUCUCAAUUCCAGCCAGAUUCUGUCCCGCACUCCUGGGACCAUUACCAACAGUGGGCAUCACAGAGUACCGUCCGGUAAUAUGCUCUCGGAGUUUCGGGCUGCCCGUAGGAAUGUAGCCCAGGCUAGCAGAUUGCUGGGGGAAAUUCUGGGAAGGGGCUCCAGGUGUUCUGCCUGCGAGGGUGCAAUCAGCGUGGGGAAUGUCAGGAGUGUGCAGGCACUUGGGGCUGACGAUAGGGAGGUUUGUACUGCCCCCUCCAGGAGCUUUUCUUCGUGGGUUCUGAACCGGGGGGAGAGUCUUGGGGCCCGGUUUCAGAGGGACGUGGCAGCCUGGGCCCGCAAGGGCAAUGCACAGAGCGCCGGUCACGAGCGGUUAGAUUCUGGCGCGGUUUCCGAAGUGUCAGUUGCAGGCAGGGGUGAUGGGGGGGGAGAAGAACGGGCGGCGUCUUCUUCUGCAGCGGGCAGCAAUGCAGCUGAAGCGGCCUCUGGAAGUGGUGAAUUGGAACAGGGGGAGCAAGCUGCACGGGAAGAAAGUGCGGAAGGCGUCUCGUCAGAAGCAGAAGCACUCAGUGCUGAAGUGUCGGGCGAAGAUGGUCUCGGGGGCAGUUUGGUUGACCAAACCAAAGCAGAGGAGUUAGGAGAAAGUAGUGCCUUGGGCGUGGCGGAUGAAUCGGAUGCCGGUGGUACCUUAGACGAAGCAAGCUCGUCAGAGAGCUCGCUGUCAGAUGUAAGUAGCUCUAGCAUAGAAUUAGGAGAUAGUGCGGCAGAGUCAAAACGGCGGGGGUCUCCAAACGGCAGGAGAACCAGAACAGGCAAAAGUGCAACCGAUUCCUCAUCAAGUCGGGGUAAGCCGAUGAAACUUGGAACUGAAAAUAAGAAAGACGUGGGCACUGAGGCUCCAAAGAGCAAGGUUUACAAGGAGACGGGCCGGCGGCCAAUUGCCCCGGCAGUGAGGAUGGUGUCUGAAGAGACGAGAAGGAAAGAGGAGAUGAAGGGGCUGCCAGCUACGGACCUGCUCACGGUGAAGGGGAUCGGGCCGAAGACUGUGGGGAACUUCAUUGAGAAAGGGAUCACAAGCGUGAAGCACCUGGAGGACUUGUACAAGGAGAAGUUCUACAAAAAGUCGGAGGGCAUGGUUGCUUUCCUCCAGACGAACAUUGGCGUGAAGCAGCAGAUGUGGGCCCGCAAAAUCGUGGAGCACGUCGAGGAGCAGAUUCAGAAACAAGACUCAGCGACGGACGAGACCGCAGGCGCGGAGAACACGCGCAAGAAGCCGCUCACAUUCUGCGUGGAGGGCAACAUUAGCGUGGGCAAAUCGACGUUCCUGCGCCAGAUUGUCACAAAGACCAUCUUGCUGCAGGAGCUGGUAGACAUCUCCCCUGAGCCGGUGGAGAAGUGGCAGUCGGUGGGCGACGACCGGCACAACAUCCUGGAGUCGUUCUACAAAGACCCCCAGCGCUACGCCUACACCUUCCAGAACUAUGUCUUCUUCACGCGCAUGCUCCAGGCGCAGGAGCGACCGGUCGCUGGGAAGCCGCUGCGGCUGAUGGAGCGCAGCGUGUUCAGCGACCGCAUGGUGUUUGUGCGCGCGGUGCACGAGGCCAAGUUCAUGAGCGACAUGGAGAUCUCCAUCUACGACUCCUGGUUCGACCCCAUCCUCUCUGCCAUCCCCACGCUGAUCCCCGACGGCUUCAUCUAUCUGCGUGCGAAUCCGGAUACGUGCUUCAACCGGCUCAAGAAGCGCGGACGGUCCGAGGAGAUGAGCGUUGACAUGGACUACUUGCAGAACCUGCACGAGAAGCACGAGCAGUGGCUCCUCCCCGACGUGGCCAAGUCGAGCGCGGGCCACACUCUCCUGCGCGGUGCUCACCCGGAAGGUUACCCGGAGGCGAUUCGCAACGACGUUUACUCGCUCGUCAACCGCAACGUGCACCCGCUGAUUCAGGGCCUGCCUGCUCUAGUUCUUGACUGCGAUCCGGACAUGGACAUCGAGCAUGACCAAGCGAAGAAGGAAGAGUACGCCGACAAGCUCAAGACGUUCUACGAGUAUAUUCAGGAGAACCCGCCCGCGACGGCGGGCGCCGGCCAGCACGUGAUCAAGCCGCACCCGGGCGGUCUAAUCUUCCCCCCGAGUCCCGAAGAGAUGGCCAAGGAGUAUCGGAACUGGUCGCCGGAACAAAAGCGGGCGUAUGCGUGACAGGGACGUGAAUUGUGGCUUCUGCGCUCUGAGUGUGAAUGCGGCAACCUGUGGGGCAAGAGAAGGGGAGAGCUGACUCGUUGAAGGCUUUUGUAGAACUGUACAGUUGAGAGAAUAUAAUUAGAGUUACUGUACUUACGGGUGAUUUAGCAAGGUUACUUGGCAGUCCGCUGGUCCUAACCUACCAACCCACCGAAUACUUGAUGGGGGUAAUGCGCUCCACAAAUUUGUACUCCUCGAGGCAGUCAAUGGGAGUUCGAGCAGGGUCGAAUGACCGACUUUGUGGAGCUUCAAAAGUUUGAGGACUAGACGUCAAUCGGUUGACACGGGAGCUAUCCCCUGCAGCGUGUCUUCUUGCUGUCAACAUUUACUUCGUUGAAAAUGUGCCCUGUUUACUGUCACUGUUGUCCGUUGUAGUUGCAGUUCCAAAUCGCUCCAUGACUUUUCCCAAUCUGAAAGCAAUGCGCGGCUGAUACUGCAAAUAAAUUUAAACUGUCGCGUUUCUGGAUCGCAUCAUACAGUGGGCAACUUGCCAGUCUAGUUCCGAGUAAGAAACAAAUCGUUCAUGGGUUAGAUUGAACCACUAAAAUAAAC